AUGAGUUCAGCAGGGAGGAAAAGAGGAAAGCCCAACAGAGGAGGAGGAAGAGGGAGAGGAGGUAGUGGAAGAGGAGGAAGAAGAGGAGGAGGCAGCAGUGGCCAUUCAAACAAGUCUCAGCUUGGUGGAAAUAGGAAAUGUUCAACCAAAAUUUGGGAUGAUGGAGAUGAUUUUUGUCUCUUCGAGGAACCAAGGCUGGAAUCCAGAUCAAAUGCCCCAGCCAGAAGAGGAGGGCAAACGAAACAGAGACCUGAAGCGAGAAUGCCUCUGCAGACCAUACACAUGACAUCGGAGAAUCAGAGAAGAGUGAAAGAACUUCUUCAGGAGCUUCAAGGGCAGGAGCUGGCUCCUGAAUCAGAAGUAGCUGGUUCUGGUGAAGAUGAUGAUGAACCUGAUUACCUUGAUGAUGAACAGUGCUGGUCAACAGAUCAGGAAGUAUCUGACGUAAUACCAAGGUUGUUGGCUGAGCCAGCUGAGCACAGAAUUGUGGAAAGUGAAGUGUCUUCAUUUGCUGUGCACAAACUCUCCAGGUAUGGUUUUGACAGUGAGCGUUGUAGGACAGUACUGAGAUCCUGCAAUGGUAAUAUUGGGGCAUCAUUGGAGUAUUUGCUAUUGCAGUGCUUUACAGAAAGAUAUGGAGAGAAGAUGCAGGUUUCUGCAACAGCGGCUGAAGCCAGACAAGAAGAAUGUUUAGAACAGAGACAAGAAGAGGCUUUUGCCCUCCGGUCAAUAUAUGGAGAAAAAUUUGUAGAAAGAAUUCAAAAUCGUGUUUGGACUUUUAGUUUGGAAUUGGAGUACCUAGCAAGUAGGCACAGCAAAUCUAAACAAAAGGGAGGUUGUACUAGGGAGACAGCAAAGCAGACUUCAAAGGAAAUAUGUAAAUUUUAUCUCCAAGGAGGCUGCAGGUUUGGUUCAAAAUGCAGAUUUGGACAUGAAUUCCCUCCAAACCACCCACUAAAAUCAGCCAGGAACUUUGUAGGUGAUGCUCAUCUCAGACCUAACGGUGAUGGUCCCAUAUAUGAACUUGAAGUAAGAUUUCCUGAAGAAAACAAGUAUCCACUUCAAGCACCUCUUGUGGCACUUUAUUCCACUGAUGAGAAUCUGCCUCUUGCCUGUCGUUUACACAUUGCUGAAUUCCUCUUUGGAAAGGCCUUAAUGGCUGCAGAGUCUAAUGAACCAGUGGUGUACACCUUAGUGACUUGCUUGGAAGAUGAAUCUGAAAUAAGCGAGUUACUUAAAAAUACUCACCACAAGUAUAGUGUUCCUCCUGUGUCCCUGCUGGCCACACCUUUGGUAAAGCUCCAGACAGAGAGUACAUCUGGUUCAAAUCAACUGUCCGAAGCCUCAACAGUUUCAGAGCCUCAGGAAGAAGAGGAGGAGGAAGAUGAGCCUGAACAAGUUGUUGUGGAGAAUGAGAGUUACGUGAACCUCAAGAAAAAGCUUUCCAAAAAGUAUGAUGUGCAGGCAAAGUCUCUGUAUAAUGAAAAUGUUAAAAUCUGCACGCAAUUUCGGCUGAAAAAGUCUUCUAGGCACUUCCAGUCCAUGUUGUAUGAAAGACAGAAGCUCCCGGCAUGGCAAGAGAGAGAAACCAUUCUUGAUUUGCUGAAGAGCCACCAAGUUCUUGUUGUGAGCGGCAUGACGGGAUGUGGGAAAACCACUCAGAUUCCUCAGUUUAUUUUGGAUGCUUCACUGCAAGGAUCUCCAAGCAGAGUUGCAAACAUCAUCUGCACUCAGCCUCGCAGGAUCUCUGCCAUUUCUGUGGCUGAACGUGUAGCCAAAGAAAGAACAGAAAGGAUUGGACUCACUGUUGGAUAUCAGAUCCGUCUAGAAAGUGUAAAGUCCUCAGCUACCAGACUCUUGUACUGCACUACUGGUGUGCUAUUGAGAAGGCUGGAAGGAGAUCUGACUUUGCAGGGAAUCACACAUGUUAUUGUUGAUGAAGUUCACGAAAGAACAGAAGAAAGUGACUUCUUGCUGCUGGUUUUGAAGGAUAUAAUGGUUCAGAGGCCAGACCUGCGCAUUAUACUAAUGAGUGCCACCUUGAAUGCAGAGCUUUUUUCUCAAUACUUUCACUCCUGUCCAAUUAUUAACAUACCAGGUCGAACAUUUCCUGUGGAUCAGUUUUUCCUGGAAGAUGUGAUUGCAAUGACAAGGUAUGUUUUAGAGGACAGUAGUCCCUACAGGCGCAAGACAAAGCAAGAAAGCAAACAGAAUGAAAGACACAAAAGAACUGCAUUUGAAGAAGUAGAGGAGGACCUGAGACGUGCUGGCAUUCUGGAAGGCACUGACACAGUUGUCAGAGAUUCAGAUCCAGACCAAAAAUUAACCCUGAAGCAGCUCCUUACACGGUAUAAAGGGGUUAACAAGACAGUGUUGAAAACACUGUCUGUCAUGGACUUGGACAAAGUUAAUCUGGAAUUAAUUGAAGCCUUGCUGGAGUGGAUAGUUGCUGGCAGACAUUCAUACCCCCUAGGGGCUGUGUUGAUAUUUUUGCCUGGUCUAGCAGAAAUCAAGAUGCUUUAUGAGCAGCUCCAGUCUAAUGCUCUUUUUAAUAACAGGCACAGCAAGAGGUGUGUUGUUUAUCCACUUCAUUCUUCGCUGUCUAGUGAAGAACAGCAGUCUGUGUUCCUCAGGCCUCCUGCAGGAGUUAUCAAAAUCAUCAUCUCUACAAACAUUGCAGAAACAUCUGUCACCAUUGAUGAUGUGGUCUAUGUGAUUGAUUCUGGAAAAAUGAAAGAGAAAAGAUACGACCCAAGCAAAGGAAUGGAAAGUCUGGAAGACACAUUUGUGUCCAAGGCGAACGCUCUGCAAAGGAAAGGGCGAGCAGGCCGUGUAGCCUCAGGCGUCUGCUUUCAUCUUUUCAGUAGCCAUCACUAUAACCAUCAGCUUAUAAAACAGCAGUUACCAGAAAUACAAAGAGUGCCCUUGGAGCAGCUUUGCCUAAGAAUUAAGAUUCUGGAGAUGUUUUCUGCACAGAGUCUUCACUCUGUCUUCUCACGACUAAUUGAGCCCCCUAGAACUGAGUCUUUGCGAGCAUCAAAGCUGCGACUGCAAGACUUGGGAGCAUUAACUCCAGAUGAAAAGCUCACCCCUCUGGGAUAUCACUUGGCUUCUCUCCCUGUUGAUGUCAGGAUUGGCAAGCUAAUGCUGUUUGGCACCAUCUUCCGCUGCCUGGAUCCUGCACUAACUAUAGCAGCCAGUCUGGCCUUUAAGUCGCCUUUUGUGUCACCAUGGGAUAAAAGGGAAGAAGCGAAUAAAAAGAAGUUGGAGUUUGCGGUAGGAAACAGUGACUACCUGGCUCUUCUCCAGGCCUAUAAGGGAUGGCGUUUAAGUAUCAAAGAGGGCUCUCAGGCAAGCUACAACUACUGCAGGGAGAACUUUUUGUCAGGAAGAGUUCUUCAGGAAAUUGCCAGUCUGAAACGGCAAUUCACAGAACUGCUUUCUGAUAUUGGGUUUGUGAAGGAGGGAUUAAGAGCAAGGGACAUUGAGAAGAAGUGGUCCCAAGGAGGCGAUGGCGUGUUGGAUGCCACAGGAGAAGAGGCAAAUUCAAACGCAGAGAACAUCAAGCUGAUCUCAGCUAUGUUGUGUGCUGCGCUGUAUCCCAAUGUUGUCCAGGUGAAAAAGCCAGAAGGCAAAUACCAGAAGACCAGUACAGGAGUGGUCAAAAUGCAACCAAAAGCAGAAGAGCUGAAGUUUGUUACCAAAAAUGAUGGUUAUGUUCACAUUCACCCUUCAUCUGUGAAUUAUCAGACUAGACACUUUGAGAGCCCCUACCUGGUGUAUCACGAGAAAAUCAAGACCAGCCGCGUGUUCAUUCGAGACUGCAGUAUGGUGUCAGUGUACCCGCUGGUCCUGCUUGGAGGCGGGCAGGUUCACAUGCAGCUGCAGAAGGGAGAAUUUGUCAUUUCUCUUGAUGAUGGAUGGAUACGGUUUGUGGCUGCCUCUCACCAGGUGGCUGAGCUGGUGAAAGAGCUGCGCUGUGAGCUAGACCAGCUGCUGCAGGAUAAAAUCAAGAAUCCCAGCAUGGAUUUAUGCAUGUGCCCUCGUGGAUCUCGGAUCAUCGGUAUGAUUGUAAAGCUUGUGACCACGCAGUAACAUGAGAACAGCUUUCUAUAAAGACUCACUGUUUGCUACUGCCUGAGAACAGACCAAGUAACAUCAGUGUCUUGACGUAUUUGUUCUCCCAAAACAGGGUGCUGAUCUCUGGAAGACCAAGUUGGCAACUGUACUAUUGACAGGUUUUGGGGUGUUUUGGGUUUUUUUUGCCUUUGUUUGCAGAGAACUUGCUUGUUUAAAGUAAGGUGGCUUACAGUACACUCUGGGAAAUGGGGAAAAUGGCAAAUCUCCCAGGAGGAAUAGAAAUCUCCAAGAAAGAAAGUAAAGUGUUUUUUUCAUGAGGCUAUACACUGGCAAUACUGUUUUCUGGUCACAAAAAUACCUGCUACCUAGCUGCUCCUUCUAGUAUUCAUGUCUGGAGGCAGCAUGUGACAUCAUAAGCUGCUCCCAAACUGGUUUAAACUGACUUCUGCAUUUUGGCCAAGACUUUACUGAGGUAGUCAGUCUUGGCUGACCAGGGAUCGAUUUAAUAAAAAGGUGAGCACCUUUUGAUUCAUGUCAGAGGGUUCUGAAAUGGAUUUAGAGAGCAUCCUCUGGCAAGGAGACUGUACCGGAUCAGUUGGGAGUAAGGUGUUGGAUCAGUGCAGCUGUUCUGGUUACAGUGUAAAACUGCAGGAGAGUGUGGACGUUUCCCCUGAAAGCUAGGCUUUUCUGGCCCUCCCCUGCACUAUGAAAAAGUAAAACAGAUAAGACUGCUGUAGUGCAUUAAAAAUGGAUCCUUCGUCCAGCCACCCUGCACAGCUGGCAGAAAGCCCCACUUUGGCUGAAAGUUUACAAAACUCCUGCUCUGGGGAGUGGACUGCUACAGAAGAGUGUGGCAAAAUGCUGCAGUAAUGAUGAACUAUUACUUCUUCCCUUCAACAUUGCUUGAUUGCAGUGCUGAGCAUUGCUACAGCUGAGCUGCUUGACGUACUAGCAACUGCAAAUAAUAGCAAAAGUGCCUUAAGUGAAAUAACUUUGCUGUCAUCUGUAACAGUAAAACCAGAGUAAACGCUGUCUCUACAACCAGCCCUGCCUAGAAAUAGCCUUCAGGCUGAGGAAUCAUGAGCAGAGGGAGGCACAUCAUUUGGGGACUAGUUUGAUUUUUCAAAAAACAUGCUUGGAUGUUUGUAGAAGCAGUUUCACAGCAAAACACCCUUGCGUGAGGAAGCAGACGGGGGUAUCAAGACCAACAUACCCAUGCAGUAGAAUGGUCUCUGCAGGCAUGUUGAACUGCAGCAGGCUAAACUGUUCCCACAGCUUGGUGUUGGUCAAGAGUAACAUCCUACUCCUGGAACUGUGCACCUGGACAUGUGGGGGGGUGAAGAGCUGUUAAGGCCUAGGAAUCCUGGGGUAGGGGUGUUAAAGCAGUGCAGAGGCAGAGAGCAUGUGUUGUCAGCCGUUAGCUCUGUUUCUUUGUUAGCUACAGCGUUGCUCUGUGUGUGCCUGGCAGCCCUGCCAGUAAGGGUAGGCAAAUACUGUUUCUGUUCAGGUUGGCUGUAGAGUAAAACAGGAACAGAUUCCAUUUUUCACCUCAGACUUCCCUUCACUUUCAAAGUGGUAGCCUCUUCAAUAAACAAUUUCUUGACCAGCAGACAGUGCUGUGUUUUGGACAGAAACUAGUGCCCAAGCAAGGUCUGUGUGACUCUGCCUGCAAGUACAUGCUAAAUUCCACCUGAGCUACCCUAAACUGAGGGCAAGGACAGCUGAUGAUGUAGCAGGGCAUAAUUAGCAGCAUCCAUCUGCCCUGCUGGAGGGAGGACUGGUGAAACAUCCUAGUGCCUUGCCUUGGUGGUGGAGUGGGCAAGUCUGGGAAGGGAACAAGGCACAAAUCAAUAGCCACAAUCAAAAGGUAGCAGUGGCUGCUGAACUGUGAGCACACCCCUCACAUCUCACUGCCUGCGGCUGCAGGAGGUUUCUAUGCAAUAGUGCCCCAUCCACUGCCAAAAGAGGCUAACUGCCCAGGAAUUGCAUAGGCACUAACCUGGCUUCACGGACUGGGCACAGUGGUUUUAACACUGGCUUCCUUCAGCAGUUGUGUUCAGCCCCUGAAACCAGUGCCACUCCAUGUAACAGCUCCAGUUCCCCUUAAGAGUAAAGGCCUGAAAUACUACAAAAUGACUGAGGCAGAAGCCAGUUCAACCCCCAGGCACACAGCAAAGGCAGAGCUGGAACCUCGCUGCUGUGCUCCCCAGUAGCACACUGUAAGCCCUCCACGGUACAGCUGGAACUGCCUUUGAGCCAGCAGUCCCUGACACAAGGAUGCGACCCACACUAAAUACAGAUUACAAGCACCAAACACAGCAGCAGUGCUACUUAUUAAGGACCAUCAGCCU